AUGACAUUGGCGGAAAGGAAAAACGCUGCUUAUCUCCUAGAAUACACAACUGUCACCCCGUUCACCUACCUUCUCUACCCGAGCUCUUUCAAAUGUCUUUUCUGCGAGGAUAAGUUCAUGGAACUCCAAACGGUUUUGGAACAUUCCAGAAAGCAUGAAGUUCCAGAACAUGACCAGAUUUUGAAGGACAUCUUGAAGAAAGGCAAGAAGAGAAUUAAAGUUGACAUCUCGAGUUUGGAAUGUAGGAUAUGCAAGGAAUCUUUAGUUUCUUUGGCCAACGCGGUAUGCGACUCGUGUGGCAAAGGGUUUCUGUCUUACCAACGUCUUAUAACACAUAUGGAGAGUCACAAAAACGGGACAUAUCCGUGCGAGAAAUGUAAGAAAACCUUCCCAAGCGUCUCCAAACUGAAGUAUCACAAUGAUAAAACCCAUAGCAAAGUGGGCAAAGCAAAGUUGGCCAAAUGUCACAAAUGUCUGGAACGAUUCGAGCACCAUUACGAGAAAAUCAACCAUUUGAAAGAAAUCCACGGGGUUUCCUUUACAUAUGCAUGCGAAACUUGCAAUUUGAUGUUCAAAACGCGGCAUUCCUUGAGCAUGCAUGUUAUUAAGUAUCACACGCAGAAUAUAAUCUGUGAAAUAUGCAGGAAAACGUUUUCUGAGCGCUGCCAUUUAAGGAAGCAUAUGGCGAUACACACUCUAGAACGGAAUUACGUGUGCCCGAUCUUAUCAGAUCAAGUCUUGAGGGUAAUAUUUCAUCUUCUAGGUAAAACUGAAAAGGACUGGUCGAAGAUAGCAGAGCGGCGGGGACCCGGGCCAAUUCUACGCGAGAACUCCUUGAAACUCAUCGAAAACUCCACAAUGUUCGUUUUCCAGUACAACAAGAGUUGGUACAGCUGCUACUGCUGCAAGGAGACCUUCCCAGACAUGAUCCAACUACGAGACCACACCGAAAACGCACAUAACCUACAGGACAUCGAAAAGAGAAUCAUAAGCCAGCAGAAUAAAUUGCUAAAAGUGGAGAUAUCAUUUCUGAAAUGCAAGAUUUGCGACCAAAAUCUAACCACCCUUCCAGAAUUCAGGCAACAUCUCCAGGAUACGCACACCAUGGAAUUCGGACACGGGCAAGAUUUGCUCAUGCCGUACAAACUGCAAACCGAAGGCUUGAAAUGCCAGAUUUGUACCGAAAGCUUUUACAAUUUCAGACUCUUGAACAUGCAUAUGAACAAACUACACUUUCAGAAUCAUAUUUGCGACGUUUGCGGCGCAAGUUUCGCUAACUUAGUGUUCUUAAACUUACAUAAAACCCGUUCACAUAGGAAAAUUCGUUGCGAGGUCUGUAAUUUGAGUUUUGUCAGUCGUUCGGACAAGAAGGACCACGAUAUGAACGAACAUAAUGUACAAUUUGUGAGAAGGCAAAGAUUCCCUUGCCCGUACUGUAACGAAAGAUUCUUCCAAGAGAAUUUCAAGAUGGUACAUCUGGUGGAGAAACAUGGGAUGGUUAAGCCUGAACACAAGUGUUCUCUAUGCGCCAAAGUGUUUAUAACUAAAGCAUUAUUAAACAAUCAUGUUAAGAAUGUUCAUAAGAAAGAGAGGAAGCAUGAAUGCGAUGUCUGCCAGAAUGUGUUUUACACUAGAUCUGAUUUGCUGAGGCACAGGGUAACGCAUACGGGCGAAAAAAAGUUUUCCUGUGCCCUCUGCAAUUGCCCGUUUGCUACGAAGGAUUCCUUGAGGCGACAUAUGAAAAGAAAUGCAUGCCGGUCAUAGAAUAAGUGGUUGUCCUGAUUGUUAGGGUUCCUCUCGGACCCUACGGAACUCUUAUAGAAUCACGUUGUCUGUCUGUCUGUCAA